GAAUCAACAGACCAAAUGAGUGUGAAGUUUAUAUCAGUCGGUGGAAAUUGGUGUUUAAAUAUCAGCAAAAGUGAGGAAAUCUACGGAAAAUGUCCCUCAAGUUCUACUCAACGGUGGCCAGUCCGCCCUCCUUAGCGGUUCAGCAAUGCCUAACAUAUCUGGAUGUUCCUUUUGAACUGGAAGACCUGCUCUAUACUAGUGGGCGUCAUAUGAGCGAGGAGUUUGCAAAGAUAAACCCCCAAAAAGAGCUGCCAGUGAUCGAUGAUAAUGGAUUCCAGUUGAGUGAAAGCAACGCCAUUCUUCAGUAUCUAGCAGAUAAAUACCCGAAGGACCAAACCUUAUAUCCGAAGGACGUUAAGGAAAGAGCGCUAGUCAAUCACCGACUCUGUUUUGAUCUCUCCACCUACUACAAACACAUUUGCGACUAUGCGGUCAAUCCUCUGCUUUUUGACUACCAGAAAACCCCUCUGAGCUUGAAAUUGACCCGGAUUGCGUUGAGCAACUUUAACACUUAUUUGGAAAGAACUGGCACAAAGUACGCAGCUACAAAUAAUGUAACCAUAGCGGACUUCCAGCUGGUAACUUCAACAAUGUGCCUGGAAGCCAUCAAGUUUGACUUAUCCGACUACCCGCUGAUCCAAAAGUGGUACUCCACCUACAAGCAAGAGAACCCUGCGCUUUGGAAAAUCGUAGAGCCCAGCGUCCAAAUACUUGGAUACUUGGUGAAUAAUCCGCCGGAUUUAAGCAAAAUGGAGCAUCCAAUCCAUCCAAUACGGAAAAGUUGAUUCGACUUCAAAUUGUAGAUGCUUAAAAUAAAGUUUGCCAUUUUUGAAAACCCGAUCUUUAUUUUGCCAUUUCUCGCAAAAAUUAUUGGUUUACAACUCAGUUAGUUUUAGCCUUGAAGGUGCCAGUUUGGAACGCAGCGCCGCGCAGUCAUCUUGCAUCUCGCCUCGAUUUCUAUGGGAGCGAGAGAAACAACCGAUGCCAGAAACGUUCCCGACUGCCAAAUCAGUUUCACUUAACUCAACAAAAAUGCGAAAGCAAUAAAUUUGCAUACAAGAAACUGGUUGGAAAAUAAGAGCUGUGAAUUGGAAACCGAUGCAUUAUAAUCGAGUGAAGCGGAAAAUCCAUUUCGACAGCUAAUGCAGACCAAAAGCUCUAAUAGUUUGACGGCCAAGCAAAACUGCUCAGAAACGCAUCUAGCGACUAUAAAAACCUCUGGAGAAGCGUCUUCUGAGUAUAAGGACCCACUGGAAAUCCUAUAGCCAAUAAUCACUAGCCAGAAAAUUUGGCAACAAAUUAAAGUGUUCAGAAUGACAUUCUGCCACUCUAGAAAUUCUGGAGAAGCUUCUAAGAUCAGAAGCAACCACAAACUCACUCGGGUAAUGCUCCAAAGCUCUCAAAGUUCGGGGAUCAAGUGAAAGUGCUCAGAAACGCUUCUAGGGACUCUGAAAAUGCCGGAGAAGCUUCUUCUGUGUUCAGAAGCAACAGCACAGACACUCUGGGAAUGCCACAAGCAAUUUCUACAAAAUCGUGAUUUAAAGCGAGCUUUUCAACUUUCAUCCGAGUUGUUAAUGAUGUCUUUUUUAUUAAAACGCUCCAUUCCUUUUCUAGUCCUUUGCCUUUAAGUCCCAUUAAACGUGCUGAUAACCGAAGCGAUUCACAACCAAGCAUAGUUAUGAUGAAUUAAUAAGUUGGCAACCAGAAACUGUUGGCCUUGCAUUAUACGAUCAUGCUUCAAAUAACAAUAAAUUAAAUGAUAUCAAUUUAAACCCAUUAGUGGCUUCCAUCGAGUGUAAAACCGGUCUGGGAGAUCAGUUGAGUGCUGCCGAUCUGCAUGUGAGCAUCUGAUCAAGAAGCCAAAAAUAACAUUGGCUAGAUUUUAGUAAAUUUUAGAAGCUGACAAAAUGCCUCUGAAGUUCUACUCAACAUUGGCCAGUCCGCCGUCUUUAGCUGUGCGACAAUGCUUGGCUUAUCUGGAUAUUCAGUAUGAGCUGGAGGACUUGGAUUAUAGCAGUGGGACGCAUAUGAGCGAGGAAUUCGCAAAG